GUUAUAUGCAUUAAGCUUUCUUGACCCUCUCCUCGACUCAUCGCAUCGGAUCCCUCUCUCUCUCUCUCGAGCCUUAUAAUUCAAAAACAAGAAUAUACAGCCAAUCUUUCCCUGACCUUUCAAACCAAUUCUCUCUGUAUAUAUCUUCAUUUGCAAUAAAUUUGUUUGCCACCUUCGACUUCCAAUCUUUCUCAACAUAAAGAACCCUAGUAGCUUUCGAAUUUUCAUUUCUGAAUCGAUUUUCAUGCUAUUUGCCCCUUUUCAUUCCGUCAAUUUACUGAUGAUUUCGAAAUUUUAAUUUCAUAUCAUGUGUUCAAGCUUCACUUUGAUGAAGUUGUUGAUAAACCUGAGGAUCGCUUAAUUUUUUUUUUUUCUGAUUUUUUAACCCAUUUGAUCGGUAUCAGUACCUUAUGUGCUGCCCUUUUGAUUGCAUGAAGCUUGAUUUAUAGGGUAGUGUGUCUGGUUGCCGAGUUCUUGAAUAUGCUUCCAUGGGGAGGACUUAGCUGCUGCUUGAGUGCAGCUGCUCUUUAUCUACUUGGGAGGAACAGCGGAAGGGAUGCGGAAGGUCUUAGAUCGGUUACUCGGCUGAGCCAAUUAAAGGAUUUAGCACAGCUCCUGGAUACUGCAUGCAAAGUUUUACCUUUGGUUGUCACGGUUUCUGGACGAGUUGGCUCAGAGACACCAAUCAACUGCGAGUAUAGCGGUUUGAGGGGCGUAAUAGUGGAGGAAACGGCAGAACAACACUUUUUGAAGCACAAUGAUGCAGGUUCCUGGAUACAAGACUCUGCAUUGAUGCUAUCUAUGAGUAAAGAGGUUCCUUGGUACUUGGAUGAUGGAACUGGUCGUGUUUAUGUUGUGGGAGCUCGAGGUGCUACAGGCUUGGUAUUAACUGUUGCCAGUGAAGUAUUUGAGGAGUCAGGGCGAUCUCUUGUUCGUGGAACAUUGGACUAUCUCCAAGGUCUUAAGAUGCUUGGGGUCAAGCGGAUUGAAAGAGUUCUUCCCACUGGUACUUCCUUGACUGUUGUUGGCGAGGCUAUUAAAGAUGAUGUUGGAAAGAUUCGGAUUCAGCGACCCCAUAAAGGACCAUUCUUUGUGACGCCCAAAAGUAUUGAUCAGCUCAUUGCAAAUCUUGGGAAAUGGGCAAGGUGGUACAAGUAUGCCUCUUUGGGGUUCACAGUUUGUGGUGUUUAUCUUAUUGCAAAGCAUGCCAUCCAAUGUAUCAUGGAAAGGAGGCGUCGCUGGGAUUUGCAGAAAAGGGUUCUUGCUGCUGCUGCACAAAGAUUGGGGCAGGAAAAUGAAGGAUCGAAUGGAAAGGCUGAAAAUGGAUUAGAUAAUGCGAAGAAGGACCAUUUAAUGCCAGAUCUAUGUGUGAUAUGUCUGGAACAGGAGUACAAUGCUGUUUUUGUUCCGUGUGGUCAUAUGUGCUGCUGUACUACGUGCUCUUCUCACUUGACCAACUGUCCACUUUGCCGGCGACGAAUUGAACAGGUGGUAAGGACUUUCCGCCAUUGACCCUUUAUUCUUGGCACUUCAAAGUUGCUUCAGUAGACGUGGCGCAUGAAGGUCGGAAUCUAGUAUUUUCACAUUGACAGUAAGAAUCUGACGGCCAGAGUUCCUCUAGAGUACUUCCUCUUCGGCAUUAGAACCUCAUACCAGGGAACUUCACCACCGAGUGCCACCCUAUUGUCAAAUAAUGGAUUUUUUCAAUAUUCCUGAUUAAGGGUUGAGAUUCAUGCUGAAAAUUUCUUCUCGAAUUGGAAACACUGUAGAGCUUGGUAUCUUUUGUAAAUAAAAACCAAAGUAUUGUAAUCUCUUUUUCUUUGUUUUAUAACGAAGAAAUUUCAUUGAUGAAAAUGAUAGCAGAUUUUAUUUUUA